UCUAAACUGCACGACAAACGAGACGGACGUCGUGGAGCUAAAAUUUAAUUAAUGUAUGUACGUAUUUAUGUAUGUUUUUGAUGUGUUAGCUUUUUCUUGUAUGUUAAUAAAAAAACUUGUGUAAUUGUUGUAGCCCCUGAAGACGAUCUCCGGAGGAGAUUUAAAUAUAUUGGGAAGGAAUGUAAUUUCAUGUGUUUUAAUUCCAUCAACACCCUGAUCUCAAAGCCGGCAUUAAAAAGGAUUACUUGAUUAAAAAUCAAAAAGACACUCAUUUUGCGAUUCUGGUUUGUGCUGUGAAAAUCGUGUUCCAUUACCACUAUAGUCGUGAAACUUUUGCAACUGUGCUAUUGAAUUUUCGAAGUAAAUGUCAAAGUUGAGGAAAACGUAAACAAAACAUGUCGGGAAUAAUUAUUUUAUUAGAAUUAUCGCAAAGAAUUCGAGGCGAGCAAAGAGAUAAUUUGAGAGUGCUCCGGCGCAGACUUCGCGACGACCAAAAUCCCUUUGAGAUUAUAACAGACGAGCAUUUCAUUGAUUUAUAUCGGUUCCCUAAAGCUUUGUGCCUGGAAUUAAUUAAUGAAUUAAUGCCAUUUAUGCCGAACUCGCAACGGAGACAUGCUGUUCCGAGUCUUGUAAUUAUUUUAAGCGCCCUGCGUUUUUUUGCCACUGGUAGCUUUCAAAGAAGUGUGGGGCAAGACAGUUUAUCUGCUUUAUCCCAAACAUCAGUCAGCAGAUGUGUGCAAGUGGUGGCAACUGCACUUAAUAACAUAGCCCACAGACAUAUAAAGAUCCCAAAACGCGAAGACUUCCCGGCGCUCAAAAUAAAAUUCAUGGAAAAAUACCAAUUUCCUGGAAUAAUCGGACUCAUAGACGGAACGCACAUCAAAAUAUCAGCCCCGAAGAAAGAAAUUGAGCAUGUUUACUAUUGCCGAAAGGGUGGGCACUCCAAGAUUUGCCGCUAUGGAGAUAUCUUACGAGGUUAUAAGUGAUGGUCAAAAUUGCGGUAGCCAAGCAUACGAACCAAAUAUUCGCUUUGGUUUUUAGAAAGCUAACUUUAAAAAGCUCAAGAAAGAACUGUCUAAAAUGUCGUGGCAUGCAUAUAAAGAAUAUAUUGAACAAAGCGUUGCACUUUGUAACUUUACUUUACAUAAAUUAUUUAAAAAGCAUGUGCC